UACCCGCUCGCAAGAUUGCACCAUAACAAUCCGUUUGACAACUACUGCUCGAAGGAGGAAGUUGAAAACGGUGAACACGUCAAAAAGCUAGUGACUCGACCAAAUCAGGUAGUUAUGGAGUUUGGUGGGAAUUUAGUGUACUUAGGUGGCGGAGAACAAGAAGAUGUAGAGUUUGUCUCAGAGCAGGAUCACAAAGAAUUCAUUCCGUCAACACCCCAGUGUGACCAGGAAACUGGAGAUACCUGCUUGUUAGACAUUUUGGACACGGCCGGCCAAGAGGAAUAUUCUGCUCUCAGGGAUCAGUACACUCGCACUGGGGAUGCCUUUCUUCUAGUGUACAGUAUCACUGACCGGGCCAGUUUCAACGAGGCUGAGGCUAUCUACGAUAUGAUGCUUAAUAUCAAGGCAGAAAAUCAUGUUCCAGCUGUUUUGUGUGGCAACAAAGUAGACCUGGAUGCCAUACGAGAGGUCACACACGACGAAGGCAGAGUAAUGGCACAGAAACUAGGUAUUCCUUUCAUGGAGACCUCUGCGAAAGAUGGCACCAAUAUCAAGCAGGUUUUUGAAGUACUAGUGAAAGAAGCUCCCAGACUUGAAGACUCAUACAAGGUGGUCAUCUUGGGGAGUGGAGCAGUGGGCAAAUCGGCCGUUACUGUCAGAUAUACCACCAAUACGUUUGUGGACUGUUAUGACCCGACUAUUGAAGAUUCGUACAGAAAAAAUGUCACAAUCCCAGGCCUCAGAGAAAAACACAGGCUUGCUGGAACAGAUAAAAAGUCUCGGUCUAACAGGGGAUCUUCUGUCGAUCCUGUGUCUAAUGUCGCAGGAGCUGUCGGUGAUGCCCAGUCUAAUGUGUUCACCACUGCAAGUGGCAGUAAAGAGAAUACAGGAAUAUUUUCUCACAUGAGGCGUCUGCUCAGUUUUAACAAGAAGUCUGGCUCUGAAAAACAGCAAAGGGUGACUUCAGCUCCUGUCCAGCGGACAGCGCCCCUACUCCCUCGUGUUGCUGGUAACUCCGCCUCCGAGGAGCCUAAGAAAUGUGAGAAGGCCACCAGUAAUGUUGUACUUGUUUCCCUCAAAACGUUGGAUGACCCUCUGUCCACAGCCACAGGUGACCCUGUCCGAUGUGGAAGCGAGAACUGUGAUGCUGUCCUUUCCUCGAUCUCAGAUACCGUACAGGAGGAAGAAAAUCUGACAUGGAAAUGGAUAUGCCCUAUGUUUGUAGUGGCAUGGAAGAAAUCCAGAGACAGAUCAUCAAACUUUGACACUCAAGUAUCAAGAUUAGCGGCCAUUAAGGAGGCCCUGAAAAGACAACUUGAGCGACUGAAGCUGGAAAACCCUGACAGACGAGUCAUACUUGUACAGUUUGCCACUGAUGUGACCAUCUUAGGGGAUGGUAGCCAGGAAUCCUACCAAGUUGAAAGUCAUAUCAGGGACUCAUUUGACCGUCUUGUACAGUGCGGUCAACAGUAUGCCCAGCAGAUGGACAUUCGUACCUUGGGAGAAAGCUAUGAUGACAUUACAGGGAGAAUUGAAGGCAUGCAAACCAAAGACACGACAGCCCUUGGACCAGCACUGGCAACAGCCAUUGGCAUGAUGACCGGAACUCAAGGUUCAGAGGUAAUCUUGUGUACAGAUGGGGCUCCAAACUGUGGUGUUGGGCGAAUGAACAACUCAGACUCCAGUUGUAAGGAUUACUAUACCAUGGUGGGGAACUAUGCUAAGGACAAUGGAAUUGUUGUGUCUAUCCUGGCUAUUGAUGGAGAACCUGUUGGUUUAGAAAACGUUUCUCCUUGUGCCAAUAUUUCUGGUGGUGACGUGGAUGUCCUAGACCCUCUUGAGAUCAUGAGACAGCUUCGAGUAAUUUCCCAAAACUAUAUUGUAGCAACAGCUGUAUGUGUAGUGUUUCAUCUUCACCCUGAAUUGGAAGUGGAUGAUGACGACUACCCAAGGGGAAGCAGUCGUAUUGUCAAAGAAGUAGGAAAUGCUACUAGAGAUACAGAUGUGACAUUCUUUUUCAAACAAAAAAAAGACAAAUCUCUUGAUGUGGAAAGUCUUCCAUUUCAGGUUCGUGUGAGUUUUACAUUGAAAGAUGGACGUAAAAUGUUGAGAGUCAUCAGCAAAUCUAUGAAAGUGACAAAGGAUCGGGCAAAGAUGGAGGAAGAAAUGAAUGUUGCGGUAGUGGGCCUAGCUGCAGCACAGAAAACAGCAGAUUUAGCUUCAAAGGGCAAAGUAGAACAGGCCAGAAAUAGACUGACCUCAGUGAAUCGCUUGUUAAACAAUGCAUGUACUACUGAUGAACAGAAGGAGGAGCGAUACAACUUUAGAACAGAGUGUGCAGAACUCCAUCAGGACCUAAACAAGAGGCUUGAAAAGAAUAACAGUUUCUCCGGAAAAGGAUCUGACCAGUCCUCAAGAAUGUACAGUAAAAUGAUGAGACAGUCAUCUGCAAAGUUUACAGGUGCAUCCAACAGAAAGAAAAUUGACAUUGCCUCCAAAAGGCAGACCACAGACACUGGCAUCCGUAAGCAGUAUUACGAUUACAUGGCUUAGGUGGUCUGCAAGUGAUCUAGUAAAAACUCUAUACACAAACAACUUUCAUGGCUGUAGAUUCAAAAUGUCACAUUUUUCAGUUUUUCCCUCGGAACUAAAAACAACAAAGUUCGGGUCCAGUACUAGACUUUUUUUUUUAAGUCUCGGACAACAUUGUCUUUGGACCACCCUCAACAAUCAGGGAUUUUAUUAAACCCUUGAGAGUAUUAUUUCACUUCCAAAAAUGAGUUGUGAUUCUUGAAUAAGAAGGGACACUUGUCUCUUUCACAUGUUUUGACCUUCAAAUUUGUUGAGUUAGAUUUUGAAAAGAUCAGAUGUCAAGGGUCACCAGGAUGCCCUAACAAUGUUUUAGGUUACGUUGACCUCAAACAAUAUUAAAACAUACAACAGUGUCUAUAGUUGAUACCUGCAGUUUUUAGUCUUAGCCAGUGUUGUCCUAGAACCACAAACAGCAGUGUAUGUCGUCAAAACCAGCAGUUUGAAGUCUUAGGCAGUGUUGUCUUAGAACCACAGAAAGCAGUGUAUGUUGUCAAUACCAACAGUUUGAAGUCUUAGGCAGUGUUGUCCUAGAACCACAGACAGCAGUGUAUGUCGUCAAAACCAGCAGUUUGAAGUCUUAGGCAGUGUUGUCCUAGAACCAUAGACAGCAGUGUAUGUCAUCAAUACCUGCAGUUUGAAGUCUUAGGCAGUGACUUCAUAGAACCACAGACAGCAGUGUAUGUCGUCAAUACCAGCAGUUAUGUCUUUGAGCGUUGUCAUAGAACCACACACAGCAGUGUAUGUCGUCAAUACCAGCAGUUAUGUCUUUGAGCGUUGUCUUAGAACCACAGACAGCAGUGUGUGUCAUCAAUACCAGCAGUUAUGUCUUUGAGCGUUGUCAUAGAACCACAGACAGCAGUUUGUGUCGUCAAUACCAGCAGUUAUGUCUAUGAGCGUUGUCAUUUAACAUUUAACAACAGUAAUCAAUACAACACGUAUGAAAAGUUUUAGUAUGUUAUCACAAGCUGGUUUAUUAAGAACCCAUUUUCCCCUUUUUUGCAGCAGACGGUACAGGUGAAAUUGUACUGUUUUUUUGUCUCAGUUUUGGAAUAUAUGCGAGAAGUCCUUGAGAAACGUCCAGACUGUUGAUGCACCACUGAAAAUAUCAUCUUUGUAGCAAAAAUUGCUUUUCAAGUCAGAUGACUGUCUAUUUGCAUAAUGCAUGCUUGUUUAUCUUCAAUUUGUUUUGUGUUCAUUUAUAAAAAUCUUUUGUCUAGAUCACCAGAGACAAAGUCUUGUGAUCACAUUUUGUCUGGCUUUGUGUGUUUGAAAACUUUUAAAUUUGUUUAUUUCUUUUCAAAAAACCUUGAACUGAGUUUAAGGAAAUUUUGCAGAAACCUUACCUGGCUAAUAAUGAACCAAAAUAGUGAAUUAUAUAGUCCCCAUCCUACAGGGGCUUGAGGGGGCGGAAAGGGAUAAAAAAAAUUACUCGGAUUUCAAAAAUCUUCUUCUCAACACCCCGAUAUAGUAGAAGUAAAUGCUCUUCAUGGAUGGAAGUGUCUUCAGUGGUUUACCAAAAUUUCAGUGCCCUUUAGUCUCACAUUUCACCAUGGGAGGGGUCAAGUUUAUUAUAGUUUUAUAGCAAAAUUGCAUUUUUGAGCAUAACUUUAUCCAUAAUGCUUUGUAAGAAUUAUAGGUAUUAAGGAAGACAGUUUUGAUAGUAUACAUAUAAUGACACUGACCCCAAGAACGUAAAACAUGUCACCUAAAUCUUACUACCAUCAAGGGCUUAAAACGUAUCACUUAAGUCUUACUACCAUCAAUGUCUCAAUUUCUGUUUUGUGACACUUGGAAGCUAUUUACCCUAUAACUUUUAUAUUCAAUAUCACUUACCUCAGGUGACCAUCAUGGCCGCUUGGUCUAUUUUUCUUGUGAUCUAAAUGCCAUGCAUCAUUAUAUGCAAAUAAUUUCCUUUCCAUGAAGUGCAUUCCAUGAGGGUUAUAAAGUUAUAAAUGAAUCCAGUUCAUGUGUAUAUGAAAAUAGUACUGUGAUAUUUAAAUUUGUUAUGAAUUAUCAAUAAAUAAGGGGUGAUCCAACAUUCCUCACGUGGAACUUUGCGAUGGUGUCCUCAGCUAGAUCCAAUAGGAUUUAAUAGAGUUCCUUAACAAGAAAACAAAAGUGGAAAUGAAACUCAACACUACAAGGAAGUUUUGACAUAUUUCACAAAACGUCCUUGUAGUUUUAAGUUUCCUUUUUGCUUUAUUUAAAUAUGUACACUGAAUUUGUGAAGAAGAAAUUAAAAUGUUUUAAGUUACAUGUGAUUAAUUAAAUAAAAGAGAGUGUAUUGAUUUGUUAUGCUAAAGUAUACAUAUGUAUAUAUGCCUAUUGUUUAAUAUAUUUAACAUCUUUUGGUUUCAUCGUUUUCUCGCCUGUUUUGUCUACGUUUUGUAGGUUGUAUCUCCCAAGUACUUUCAACAUGACGUUACCUUCUAUAUAUAAAAAUGAUAAGAUCUAUCAGAGAGUUUCUUUUAAGACAGUUUUUGUUCUAGCAUAUUUAUAUGAGCUUUAUUUGGAAAAAUUUUCCUUAAUUCAUAAGUAAAUAUUUCAAUGUCAUAUUAUUUUUACACUUAACAUAUAUCGCCCUAAA